UCUUCUCUUCUCUUUUCUUCUCCCGCUCUUCCUUUGCGACACGAUAACUUGAGACAUAACCAAUUCCACCUUCCGACGGCUGCGCCACGCACGCGUACUUCCAGCAGAGUCUAGUAGUCUACAGUGCUCUCUCGCUGUACAACCCAUUCUGUCUAGACUAGACUCGACUCGACUCCUCGCCUUGCCUUGAUUCCACGCACCCCGUCGUAACCAAAACUGUACUCAACCACCGGCUCCUCCGUUGUUGCGCUCCUCGUACUCUCUAACCAGGGUCCUGUUUUCCCUCGCGCCAUUGUCGCUCUCUUGUUCCUGUCAACCAGCACAAUCAACCAUCACGAUACUUUGUCCCCAUCUCGGCUUUAUUGACGCGAUCCGAAUUACUCCAUCAACCUCUGUCGCUUGACCAUCACCAAAACAUCCAUCAAUCACUCCAGCGCAAUCGAUCCGACACGCAGAAAGAGCGACCACAGGUCGAGGGAAAUUGUCACGGAUAGUGAAACUGGAGGAAUAGAACACACCAUCGCCUGAAGGAGGCCCCUUGGCCAUGGCCGACAACGAGAAGAGGCUCUCCUCUUCCGAGACUCAUGAGAUCCCCCUUGAGCCGCUCCCCCCGACUCAGCUUCCUAUCGCUGGCGAUUCGGCUUCUGAGUAUGACGAGUCCUUCUCCUACGAUCAAGAUGACAUGCGCGAUUACCACACCACCGAGCAGGAUCUUCACGUCACAGAAGACGACUUACUCGAGGCUCGCGAGCUCGCUUCAAAGUACACACUCGAAGAUGUGCGCCACAUAAUGGCUCGCGUCUACCGCAUUCACGAAAAGGAUCCCAACUUUCCGCACACUGUCAUCCAAAAGAUCAAGGCAUUUCUCGAAAACGAUGAAUUAUUCACAAACCCCGAGAAGCACGAGAAUUUGGUCCAGGAGAUGAAGCUCGAGGCCGCCCUCAUCACCAACAACAGCCCCUACGCCGAAGUUCGUGCCGUCGUCGAGAACAAGGAUGACACGUCCAUCCCGUCUUCAACAAUCCGAAGUUGGGCUAUUGGCCUCAUCUUUUCCAUGCUUCUAGCCUUUACCAACCAGCUCUUCGAUAUCCGUCAGCCUGCCAUUCGAAUCAUGGCCAACGUUGCUCAGCUGCUCUCAUACCCGAUUGGUAAAGGUUGCGAAAGGUGGCUUCCUGACUAUGGCAUCACUCUCUUUGGAGUGCGCCAUUCUCUCAACCCAGGUCCCUUUUCCAAGAAGGAGCAUAUGCUUAUUACCAUCAUGGCCAACGUUGCGUACAACACCCCGUACACCAACCUGAUCAUCUGGGUUCAGUACCUCCCACAGUACUUCAACCAGCCAUAUGCUUCCCACUUUGCCUACCAGAUUCUGAUUGCGCUGAGCACCAACUUUAUCGGCUACGGAAUGGCUGGUGUCUGCCGUCGAUUCCUCGUUUACCCUUCGUACUGCGUUUGGCCCGCUUCCCUGGUCACCAUUGCGCUCAACUCGGCUUUCCACACUGACAACAACUCUCCGGUACAGGGACCCUUUGCCAAGAUCUGGCGCGUUUCUCGUAUCAAGUUUUUCUAUGUCAUGUUUGGUGCCAUGUUCGUGUGGUUCUGGUUCCCCAACUACAUCUGGACCUCGCUCUCCAACUUUAGCUGGAUGUCCUGGAUUGACCCCUACAACCGCGAUCUCAACACCAUUACUGGUUUCAACAACGGUCUUGGCAUCAACCCAUUCCCUACCUGGGAUUGGAACGUCCUUCUGUGGGAUUCUGCCGAUCCUCUCAUGGUUCCAUUCUUCAGUACUUUCAACCGAUUCGUUGGCGCCUUCAUCUCCAUGUGGGUGGUUCUUGGACUCUGGUACUCCAACAUCUACAACACUGGGUACCUUCCCAUCAACAGCAACCGUGUCUAUGAUCGCUGGGGCCAGCUGUACAAUGUCACCCGGGCUAUCAACGAUCGUGGUCUGUUUGACGCGAAAAAGUACGAGGACUAUUCGCCCCCCUUCCUUGGUGCUGGAAACGUUGUGAUCUACAUCUUUUUCUUUGGCAUCUACACCUCGACUCUUACUUACGCCCUUUUGUUCCAUCGUCGUGAGAUCGUUACCGGUUUCAAGGGUCUAUUCAACAGCAUGAGGAAGAAGUCGAAGCGCGCCGAGGAGGUUCACGAUCUCGACGUCCACACCCGCUUGAUGAAGGCGUAUCGCGAAGUUCCCGAAUGGUGGUACCUGGUUUGUCUUCUCUGUGCUAUGGCAUUCGGUGUUUCUGGCAUCGCUGGCUGGGAUACGCACACUUCUCCUGGUGUCAUCUUCUACGGUCUUGCCCUUUGCUUGGUCUUUGUCAUUCCUGUCGGAAUCAUCAAGGCCAUGACUGGUAUCGAAGUCACUUUGACUGUCCUUGCCGAGUUCAUCGGAGGAUCCUUCGUUGAGGGCAACGCAUUGGCCAUGAACUACUUCAAGUCAUUCGGCUAUGUUACUUGUGCUCACGCUGUCAUGUUCUCCAACGAUCUUAAGCUUGCUCACUACGUCAAGAUCCCUCCGCGACACACCUUCUUUGCUCAGAUCAUUGCCACCUUUAUCAGCACCUUUGUUUGUGUUGGUGUCCUCAACUUCCAAAUGACACAGAUCGAUGGUGUUUGUACUGAGGAUGCUCGAUGGAAGAUGACAUGUCCCAGUGUCAACACCUUCUUCACUGCCUCUGUCCUUUGGGGUACUGUUGGUCCCAGCAAGAUUUUUGGAAAGAACGGACUCUACACUGAGGUCUUGAUCGGUUUCCCAUUGGGUGUAGUUGUUGUGCUUGUUGUCUGGGCUAUCAACAAGAGGUUCCCUCACUGGACCUGGACCCGACAGAUUCACCCUGUGGCUAUCAUGUAUGGAGGUAUCGUUUGGGCUCCUUACAACAUGUCAUACGUCUGGCCCUCAGUGCCUAUUGCAUACUUUUCCUGGAUUUAUCUCAAGUCGCGCUAUCUCGGCUUGUGGUCAAAAUACAACUUUGUGCUCUCAGCAGCUUGGUCUUGCGGCAUUGCCAUUGCAGGCAUCAUCAUCUUCUUCUCUCUCCAGCUCGAAGGUACCGAAUUCAAGUGGUGGGGCAAUACCGUCGGUUAUACAGGAUGCGAAGACGACGCUUGCCCCCUUCAACCUCUGGACGGCAGCGACUACUUUGGUCCUCGAGUUGGAGAGUUUCACUAGUCGGUCGUGUCCUGGCUUCAUGAUGAGAUGAUUUGGCGCAAUGUAAAAUGGUAAAAUGUUUUGAGCGUGCGUUGUUUGUAUUGGGAAACUGACCUGGAAAUGGAGACUUUUUUAUAUAUACCCCGAUCGCAUUGACAUAGAAGAUUGUCGCAUUGACAAAAUAUUGUAUAAAAAAACUUGUUAUAAUGUCAUGUACUCAGAGGUGGUGUUAGAGCGGUCAUGUUAAACUUGGGGGUUGCAUGUUUAUCCCAUGGCAUUUUUUUUUUAUUUUUUUUUAUUUUUUUUGAAAUUUGAAUCAAGAUAUGAGAUUGACACUGAAAGCAUUAAUUGGAGUUUGAUUUGAUUGGGGUAUCUUUUUCCUUCAUUGGUAUCUAAUCCAUACUAUUUAUCUAACAGUUAAGAAAUAAGAGAGAGACAUGAGUAUCAUA